ACUAUUCAAAUGUUUGGAACACUUUUAGAAAGGCCAAGAAUUAAACCAAUCAUUGAACCGUGUUAUCAUAAAUUACUCGAAAGUUUACACAAUGAAUUGGAUCGAUGUAAACAGAUAUUAGAUCGAAAUGUUGAUAAUCCAAAAUUGUUGAAACAUUCUCUAUCGAAAGCAUUCCCUCCAGCUGCUGGAGCUAUAUCUUGGUCUACUCUCCUGUUGAGACGUAUAAAUUCUAUUAUGGAUCCAAUAGAACUAAUGGAAUAUCC